AUGACUGAAGACUACUUCUUUGAAGCAAUUGAUGUUUUAAAGCAUUUACAGCAGCAGUCUAAAUCGAAUAUGAAAGGGUUAGAAAUUCGGCAAGUAGACGUCGAUAAAAUAAACGAGCAAUAUUGGGAGCUUAUUGAACAGAGUGAAAAAAUGAGGUUGGUCGCGGAUGAAAUGGAAAAGUCAUCUGCUGAUAAGAGAGUGAAAUUUGACCAAAAACUGUACGAAAUGGCGUUGAAAUUAGGAUUGCCUACUAACGAAGUAUGUGAGACAGAUGAACUUGUAAAAAAUAAUCCUUCAGAAGCUGUAACAAAAGUUGUACCAAAAAUAGUAAUUACUAAAGCAGAAUUCACAAAAAACUGUGAACUUGAGAAAAGGCUUGAACGAGUUCGAACAAUAAGCAACAAGGAACAAAACAAUCAUACAAAACGCUCAACUAUUCCACAUUUACAAGAUGCUUCAGUGAAGGAUUUAUUAUCAGUUAGGGCUCGUGGAAAGAUGUCUCUGCAGGAACUUAACGGGGUUGUAGCUGAAAUUAAUACUGUGCUGAAGGAAAAAUAUGAGUUACUGCGACGAACUAAAAAUAAUUUAUGCAAGACAGAUCAGAGGCGGAUAGAUGCGUGGGAUUUACAGGUAGAACAAAAUCCUGAUUUGAAACAUGGUUUUUUCAUAACGGAAUCGGAACUUAUUGGCCAUCUGCCUCCAAAAUUGAAAGCUCAGUUUCGUAUUGCUCGCACGUGCCUUUCUGCAUUAGGUCGUAUAGAAGUAAUUCAGCGGUCAAAUAUGACAUUCUUUAUAGUUCUAACGGAGUAA